CAUGGCCAUCGGGCUGCGGGACCGCACCGAACCCACUCCGGCACCGCCACCCGAGGAAGAGCCCAGGCAUCUGGGAGCUGGAGGAGACACAGGUCUAAUGGAAAACACAUCAUCAGCUGGGAAAAUGCAGGGGAUAUUCAAGAGAGCCUCAAAAAUAUUUCGGCAAACCCGGGUUCUUCUAUGGAAAAAUAUUCUUCUGGUGUGGAGGAUGAAGACAGAAAGUUUUCAGGAAUGGAUUACAUCGGUGAUUUUGCUCUUAAUAAUACAAGCGUCGUCAAAUAUGGUGUUCCACCACCCACGGCAAGAAGUCCCUUACGUCUCCCUCGGGCGAUUGGACGACCCUGCCUUUAAUGCCACGGGAGUGACGUUGGCCUACACCCCCGUGACAAACACCACCCGGCAGAUAAUGAGCCACGUGGCUGCAGAUUCUGCUUUGACAGGUAUAAUAAUAGAAGAGGUAGAAAGUGAGAAAAAACUGGAAACGAUAGGAUUUGAGGAGGAAGACGUCAUUGGUGUUGUUUUUAAGGAUGACUUCUCCUACCGUCUCAGAUUCCAGCACGACAGAGUGGUACCUCCAGAUGAUGCCUUUGAACACAUUGAUACCUGCUACAAUUUUUCAUCAAGUUAUUGUGAAUUCCCAUUGUACUGGCACGGGGGUUUCCUGUCAGUGCAGUCCAGCAUCGAUGCAGCACUCAUACAAGUGAAAACGAACCAUUCUGUUUGGGAAGAGAUGAAGUCAAUUAGCGGCGUUCACACGAAAUCACCCUUGAUCAAACCUGUGUAUAAAAUGGGUUAUAUUUGGUUCAUUAUUUACAUUAUAUUCUGCUUCUCCCCAUACAUGUACUUUUUAUCAGUGAAAGUUAUAAGAGAGAAGAAACAGCUCAAGGUAUUAAUGAGAGCAAUGGGUUUGCAAGACAUUGCAUUCUGGUUGUCCUGGAGCCUGCUGUACAGCGUUUACAUCUCCAUAACAGCAAGUCUGCUGACACUCAUCACAAUUAGAGAAGUCACCCAUGUUUUCAGCUUUUUUGAGAUAUAUUUUUUUUACUUCUUUUAUGGCAUAGCAUCUAUUCACUUCUGUUUCAUGCUCAGCUCCUUGUUAAAGCAGCCCAAUAUUGCCAGUUUUGUGGGAUUUGUCCUUCACAUCAUCUUCGGGUUGCUGGGCUUUCUGACGUUGUUUGAAAAACUACCCGUGUCCUUGGAGUGGAUUUUUAAUCUCUUCAGUCCUUUUGCCUUCACAGCUGGCUUCUCAAAGAUGGUAAAGUUUGAAAAAUACGGACCAGCCUUUGCACCGGACUUGUACCCUUUCUUUACCCUGUACAUCACACUGACCCUGGACAGUGUCUUGUAUUUGCUGUUGGCCAUCUACUUCGAUAAGGUUUUGCCUGGUAAGUAUGGAGUACCAUAUCCACCUUCUUUCUUCCUGAGACCGUCGUUCUGGUUCCAGCCCCGGAGUGGGUAUGUGGGGGUGCAGGGUGUCAGCGGGAGCAGCCACCAUCCCAUCCUCAGCAAUAACAUCGAGCCGAUGCCUCCGGGCUUUGAUGGGAAGGAAGCCAUCAGACUAAACAAUAUUAAAAAAUUAUACAAGAAGAAGGACAAGAGAACUGAAGCUUUAAGGGGUUUGUCCUUUAGCAUUUAUGAGGGCCAGAUCACUGCAUUACUUGGUCACAGUGGAUCUGGAAAAACUGCUCUCUUAAACGUGCUCAGUGGAUUUUCCAAGCCUUCGGCAGGUUCUGCAACGAUAUACAACUACAAAGUGUCUGAAGUUCAGGAUAUGGAAGGAAUCCAGGCAAUGGUCGGGAUUUGCCCCCAGUUUAAUUUGCAUUUUGAAGCCUUAACGGUGAAGGAGAACCUGAGAAUUUUUGCUCACAUCAGGGGGAUUCAGCAGAAGGAAGUAGAGCAAGAGGUGCAGAAAGUUCUCGUGAUGUUGGACCUCACCGACCUUCAGGAUGUCCACGCCAAUACUCUGAGUGGGGGACAAAAAAGAAAACUGUCUCUUGGAAUUGCAAUUUUAGGGAAUCCCCAGGUGUUGCUUUUAGACGAGCCGACGGCUGGGUUGGAUCCCUGCUCCAGGCACCAUGUGUGGAGCCUUCUGAAGGAACGUCAGGCUGGACGCGUGACGCUCUUCACGACCCAGUCCAUGGAGGAGGCUGAUGCUCAUGCUGAUCGGAAAGCUUUCCUCUCAAAUGGGAGAUUACAGUGUGUUGGCUCAUCUCUGUAUUUGAAGAGAAAAUGGGGAAUUGGCUAUCACUUAAGGAUGAGCAUAAAUGAGGUGUGUGACACUGAGCUAACUUCAUCCCUGGUCAGACAGUACGUCCCCGGUGCCGUGCUGGCAGGACAGAAGCAGGGGGAGCUGGGGUAUCUGCUACCUCUGGAGAACACCGACAGCUUCCCAGAUCUGUUCAGUCACCUCGAGAGCAGUCUUCUGCAGGGGGUUGUUAAUUAUGAGGUUAGCAGGACAACCCUGGAAGAUGUUUUCCUGAAGCUGGAGGGUGAGGAAGCCAUUGGUCAAGAAGAAGAUGGAGACCUUGAGGAGAGGGACCAAAGCCUCCUGGUGUUUUCCGAGCAGGGGAGCGUGGAGCUGAGCGGGAUGGCGCUCUGGAGGCAGCAAGUGUGUGCCCUGACGAGAGUUCGCUUCCUAAAACUAAAGCACGAGGGAAAGUUUCUCAGAUCCAUAUUGCUGUUCUUUGGAAUGUUUAUCCUUCCAAUGCUUGUGAUUUUCAUUGGAUUUCAACUGUGGGACAGCUCCAGCAACUGGGAAAUCACGGCUAGCUCGUAUUUUCUUCCCACUGCAGAGAAAAUUCAAAAUAAGUCGACAAAUCUCCUCAUCCUCAAUGAUACAGGAGCAGAAAUUGAGGAUUUCAUUGCUGCUUUGAAGGCUCAAAACAUAAUCCCAGAAAUAACUCUUGAGAAAAACAUCACAAGCAUUCCGCUACAUAAUGGAGCUCUAAAAAUAUCCCUGGAAGGCAAGAGCUACCGAUUCACAGUCAUGUGCAGCGUGGAGCCCAUCAACUGCUUCCCUGUGCUCCUGAACAUCCUCAGCAACUCCUUCCUGAGGCUCUUCAAUUCCACCGCAUGUAUCCGCGUCUGGAGCGAGCCCUUUUAUGGCAUGCAAAACGCAGAAAUAAAGAGUGAUAUUUUUUUCAUCUGUCUCAGCUACUUGCUGAUUCUGGCUGCUGGUUUGCCUCCUCACUUUGCAGUGAGCAGCAUGGAGGAUUACAAGCUCCAGGCCCGUGCCCAGCUGCGGCUGGCGGGGCUCUUCCCCUCGGCCUACUGGUGUGGGCAGGCCCUGGUGGACAUCCCGCUCUUCUGGACCCUGGUGGGCCUCAUGUUGGGCAUCAUGCUGCUCUUCAACCGCAUCUGCCCCUUGCAGGCCAGCGCCGUCCUGCUCCUGAUCGUUUGCCUCGUUGGUUAUGGAGUAUCCCUUGUUCUCCUCGUCUAUUUAAUUGCCUUUCAGUUCCGCAUGGGGCGAAGCAAUCGUUACAUUUGGUCUUUCAUCUUCAUCCUGGUGAAUUUCACUCUCUAUAUGAUCAGUGACUUACACGAUGCACUUUAUUUCACCUUCUCUACUUUAAUUCCUGUGUUUCCACCACUGGGCUGGUUGAUCUUUUCUACACCACGUUUUUCAAGUUUUCAUACUGAUCUUCUUGAGUCGUGGAAUCACAUCUUCGUCGCUGUCUUUGCACCUUACAUCCAUUGUGUGAUUUUUGCUUUUCUGCUGCGCUGUCUGGAGAUGAGAUACGGAGAAGCAGUUACAAGACUUGAUCCCAUCUUCAGGGUCCAGCGGAGGAGAGCGGUUCCCCACCAGAACAGGGACCUCCCCGGGGAGGAGGCCCCAGAGGUCCAUGCGGAGCGGGAGCGGGUGAGGAGCACCAUGGGCUCCCUGCACCAGGAGGAGGACUCAGUUAUCGUCGUCAACAGUUUGCGCAAGGAAUAUGUAGACAAGAAAGCCAGCUCCAUCUUAAAGAAAAAGAAGAAAGUUGCUGUCAAAAACCUCUCUUUCAGUGUUAAAAAAGGAGAAAUACUAGGUCUCUUAGGACCCAACGGAGCUGGAAAAAGCACAACUAUCAAUAUGAUUUCUGGGGACGUAGCGGUGACUGCUGGGGAGGUGCUGCUGAAGGGCUGGGGUGCAGCCACGUCCCCCCCGGGGUGCCUGGGCUGCUGCCCCCAGCGGGACCCGCUCUGGCCAGACCUGACCGUGCUCCAGCACCUGGAGGUCUAUGCUGCCCUGAGGGGGAUGUGGAAGGAGGAGGCACCUGUUCAUAUCAGCCGUGUAGCAAAGGCCUUGGAUCUCCAGAAGCAUUUAGAGACCCCAGCUAGGAGGUUAUCUGCUGGGGAAGCCAGAAAGCUGAGUUUUGCGCUGAGCGUCCUGGGGGACCCGAGGGUGAUGCUUUGGGAUGAGCCGUCGGUGAGCAUGGACCUGAGAGGGCAGCGCCGUAUGUGGAGAGUGAUUCAGGCUGCUGUGAAAGGCAAGGAGCGGGCAGGCGUCCUCAGCACCCAGUACCUGGAGGAGGCGGAGGCGAUGUGUGACCGGGUGGCCAUCCUGGUGUCAGGGCAGCUACGGUACAUUGGUUCCCUUGAGGAUCUGAAAAGGAAGUUUGGCACGAGUUACCACUUAGAAGUCAAAAUGAUGGACACAGGGCAAAGCGAUGCUCUCCACGCCGAAAUCCUGCGCCUCUUCCCCCGCGCGGCUCGGCAAGAAAGGACGGCUUCUUUGCUCAUCUACAAGAUACCAAUGGAAGAUGCGCUACCUCUGUCCCAGUCUUUCUCCAAGCUGGAAGCAGCUAAACAGAAUUUCAGGCUUGAGGAGUACAGCUUGUCAUUGCACACUUUGCAACAGGCAUUUCUAGACCUCACCCAGGACCUGGAGGAGCACGACCUGGAUGCGGCAUCCAACAGGGCUGUGGAGCAGAGACCACUUCACCUCUGAGCCCUCAGAGCCACCAAGGAAAAUAUUCAGCUUAUUUCAUCAGUGUUACUGAUACGUGGGAUCGGACGCAGCCCUCAGGCUUGGUUUUCUGUGUCACAGCACGUACUGCUCUGCAGGUUUUCUGCCUCACAAAGAAAAAAUAAUUAUUGUUUUGAUAAAUAAAGCCUUUAUCCUUUGACAAA